AUGGUUAUUGGUAAAACGGGUUCCGGCAAAUCGAGGUUAAUUAAUUUAUUAUUAAAAGCAAAAUCAGCAGAAUCUUACAGAUCAAUCAAUUCUAUAACAAGAAGUUGUAAACUAUAUACAUAUGUUGAUAAUGGUACUAUUUACGAGUUGAUUGAUACAAUGGGUUUGGCAGAUACAGCAGAGGGAACGGAUGCUGUUGUUGAUAAAAUUAAAAAUUUUCUGAAACUAAAGGUAAAUGAAAUUCACUGGAUUAUUGUCACUCUAAAUGGUAACGAAAAAUUAACAGCCGAAAAUACUGAAGUAUUAAAUAAUAUUUUGGAAUUUUUACAACUUGAUCAAAAUAUCGAUCGUGUUCUUUUUUGUGUUACACAUGCAGAUGGAUGGAAUGGCACAACGAGAGAUAAAUUUAACGAAACUUUAACGAAUAACUCCGCCUUCAAUAGCAUGACCAGUCAAGGUGCCGCCAAAAUAUUAUAUUCAGGAGCGCCAGAUCCAGAUGAACUAGAAGAUGAUGACGACAAAGAACACGCGAAGAGAAAAGAAGAAGCAGCUAGGAAAAAUUUAUUGCAGGCUUUACCGUUUAAUAGAAGCGCUAUUUUACAAGAUCAAAUAAAAGCAUGGAAAGAAGAAGAUCUUCAGAAAAUGAUUGAGAACGAAAUUAAAAAGAAGAAGCGUAAAUGUACAAUAUUAUAA